AUGGCGGGACUCACGUCAGACACGGAGCGCACCCAAGAAGAGAGCUCUGUCACAGAGAGCUUUGCCAGCAUGAUUCAUGGCUUGAGAGUGGACCACCUGACAGAGGGUGUCAUUCAGAGGAGCAAGAGGAUGAUCCUGGAUUCCCUGGGCGUUGGUUUCCUGGGAACAGGCACGGAAGUGUUUCACAAAGUCACCCAGUAUAGUAAAAUCUACAGUUCCAAUACCUCCAGCACUGUUUGGGGUCGACCAGACUUCAGACUCCCACCCACAUAUGCUGCUUUUGUGAACGGUGUUGCUGUUCACUCCAUGGAUUUUGAUGACACGUGGCACCCUGCGACCCACCCUUCUGGGGCCGUCCUACCGGUCCUCACAGCUUUAUCGGAAGCCCUGCCUCAGACUCCAAAGUUUUCUGGCCUUGACCUGCUGCUGGCAUUCAAUGUUGGUAUUGAAGUACAAGGACGAUUAAUGCACUUCUCCAAGGAAGCCAAGGACAUACCAAAGAGGUUCCACCCUCCCUCUGUGGUGGGAACAUUGGGGAGUGCUGCUGCUGCAUCCAAGUUUUUGGGGCUCAGCUUGACAAAGUGCCGAGAGGCCCUGGCUAUUGCCGUUUCUCACGCCGGGGCACCCAUGGCAAAUGCUGCCACUCAGACCAAGCCCCUUCACAUCGGCAAUGCAGCCAAACAUGGCAUGGAAGCCACAUUCCUGGCCAUGCUGGAUCUCCAAGGAAACAAGAGGAUCUUGGACCUGGAGUCGGGGUUUGGGGCCUUCUAUGCCAACUACUCCCCGGACGAUCUUCCGAGCCCGAAUUCUCACAUCUGGCUGCUGGAUCAGCAGGACGUGGCCUUCAAGAGCUUCCCCGCACAUCUGGCUACACACUGGGCAGCAGAUGCGGCUGCAGCUGUAAGAAAGCACCUUGUGGUUUCGGAAAGAGCUGGGCUUCCUACCGACCACAUCGAGAGGGUUGUGCUCAGGGUCCCCGAGGUCCAGUAUGUAAACAGGCCCUUCCCAGACUCGGAGCAUGAGGCGCGUCACUCCUUCCAGUACGUGGCCUGUGCCAUGCUGCUCGAUGGUAGUGUCACUGUGCCGUCCUUCCACAGCCAGCAGAUCAAUAGGCCACAGGUGAGAGAGCUGCUCAGGAAAGUGGAGCUGGAACAUCCACCUGACAACCUGCCAAGUUUUAACUCGCUGUACUGUGAGAUCAGCAUCACUCUUAAGGAUGGGACCACCUUCACGGAGCGCUCUGAUACCUUCUAUGGUCACUGGAGGAAACCACUGAGCCAGGAGGACCUGCAGAGGAAGUUCCGAGCCAAUGCCUCACAGAUACUGUGCAGGGACACAGUGGAGAGCCUUGUAAAGGUAGUAGAAAACCUAGAAAACCUAGAAGACUGUUCCACGUUAACCACACUUCUGAAAGGGCCUUCUGUCCAAGAGGAAGCCUCAAAACUAUCUCACAUGUUUUCUUCCCAUCACACAACCUCGCCCAGGCUUACCAGUAUCUAAACAACUUUGUAUUAGAGGACAUUCAAUUGUUUGCCUUAUUGCUCCAUCUGCCUAGCAAUAAACAUCGCAAAGCAGAAAGUCCAUAAACAGAGAGAUGUGUAUUUGAGUAAAUCUUGUCCUAUAAGCUCCAUAGGACUGUUCCCACUGCCUUCAAGAUAAUAUUCAAGAAAAACAAAAAACAAAAAACACAAGAUCUAUGCAUACUCACAAGUGAAAUCUAAGUUCCCUGUGAUCUGCUUAUAAUCCUUUCUGAGUAAUUAUUUAUUAACUCUGGGGAA